UCGACUCGGCAGCUCAUCAGACUAAUUCAAUGAAAACAAAAAUCAGAAAGUGUCAAGAAAUAUGAAUGUUUUCAACGCGGAAAUACAGUAACUUUAGUAAUGAGACUCUAGUUUAGCAACAUUUGGAAGCGAUCUCUGCCCGAACCUUAUGGACGCAAAACUAAACAGCUAUCGAACGAAGAAACGUCGCCAGGCCGUACUAAAUAGUUUCAAGGAUCGUCUUUUUAACAUGGUUUCUUUCCAACAAGUCCGAGUGGACGAAAAAUCAACCCACGUCAUAGUGGAAGCAGAUAUCGCUGAUAAUCGCUCUGGUACGAAAACCGUGAUCACUCCCGUGCACAAAACAAAACUAACCGGUAAAACGGAUCGCACCAAUUCGGACACCGAAUCGGUACUGUCGAUAGACGGUAGCAGUACGGUUUGCAGCGAUGUGGAUGAGCCAUCCGAAACUCGGUCCGCUCUGAAACCAACGAAGUCCUACCUGACAUACAUCACCUAUUUGGUUUAUUUCUUAUUCUGGGUCACAUUGUACGCGAUCGCAAUCGAGCUACGAUUCGGAGUGGUUUUUCUCAUGCUGUCCGCCCUGGUUGCUAUCUAUUUUAAUACCCGGACCGAGAAAAUCCCCGGAGAGAUUAGUGCCUACAGUGUCUUCAACAAGAACUGCGAAUCCAUCGAUGGAACGCUGAAGGCGGAACAGUUUGAGCGGGAGAUCGGAAUUCGGCACUGAGAUGUACUGAUAGGAACUUUUACGAUUAUACAACAUGUUUAUUGUGGUUUUAAAGCCGGAAAAUUUGUGAUGAAAAAUUCUAUUUAUACAAAAUUUAAUAAAAGUAUCUAUAAUGCAAAUCAAUAUUCUUCAA